AUGGCGGUAGGCACCACCAACCAAUAUUCAAAAAGCACAACCGUAACGACAACAGCAGACGUCAAUUAUUAUAAUAGUGGCUAUGAUUCUCAUACAAUGACCUUAAAACAAGCAAAAGAAUUAUGGAAUAAUCCACGGUCGAAGCAAGUUAUUACACUUUCCUCGGGAAGAGUUGGCGUUUGCGAGGUUGGCGACCCAAAAGGUUUUCCUGUGAUUUGGUUCACGGGUAAUAUGGGUCCCGCUUUCACCAUUCUUUUAUAUGAAAGUUUCGCUAGGCGUUAUCACAUCCGAAUGCUUUGUGUUGACCGACCUGGCUACAAUGACACCGAAGAUUGUUAUUCGAAACGAGGUGUACCAAAUGUUUUCGAAUUCGUCGAUAUGGUCAAUGAACUCACAGUAUUUCUCGGCAUAUACAAAUUUGGAUUAGUCACAUUUUCAUUGGGCGCUGUUUUUGGUCUGGCAUUCUCUCUUCGUUAUCCUGAAAGACUUAAAGGACCCUUGCAUUUGAUAAGUCCUUGGGUCUCGACAUCUACCCCGGGAGCAUCGGCAACAAUGAAUCGAAUAGCGAGAUAUGCACCGAAUUUUUUAAUCCAUGAUGAAGAAACCAUUACGCUAAGUAGUUUUUCUGUGUCGCCUGGAAGAAGUUAUCUAUACAAUCAAGUAUACCAGAAUGGAAUCUGGAAUCUUCAGAGUGGCAAAUCUGGACCGCAUAAUGACUGGAUGGUCGCGUUAGAAAGAGUUAAUUGGGGCUAUAAAUAUGAGGAGACCAGUUAUCCUACACGCAUAUUCAUUGGCGAUAUGGACGAGGAAGUUCCGUUGGUCGCGUGGAAACAUAUGAGCGAGCGAAUGAAAAAUGUGAAGUUUAAUGUCGUCGAGGGCGCAAAACAUUAUUUACUAUAUCGGAUGGAUUUUAUGGACGAUUUAUUCAAGAUGAUUCAUCAAGAGUUUACUAGCGACAAUACAUGA